AUGGAAGGACUGAACGGCAAACCUUUCGUCACCGAUCAAUACGCAGUUGUCGCCCAUGGCAAGGCUGAAAAGGAAUGGCCUUUCAUCGCCUGUUCCGAUUCCAGCUUCACCGAGCCCGAGUUCGAACGUUUCAAGGCCGCUCUGGCUACCGAUUCCUUGCGCCUUCCUUCUAAGAAAGCGCUGGUCACCAAGCUCAACGAGAUUCACGCCCUCCUCGAAUACCAAUGGACCGACGAAGACAUCCAAAGAAAGAUUAACCGCACAAACGCCCUGCAAGCCAAGUUCGCAAACUACGGCCGCGAGAAGAUCGAGAAACGUCGUGAGGAAGCAGCGUCUCGUGGCGAUGAGGCCACAGUCGCCAAAUGCGAUGCAGAACUCGCAGCUCUGGGAUCCGGCAAUGGUGCAGCCAAAGCAGCACAAGCAGCCGCCAACGCAGCAAAGCAAAACGGCAAACUCGCUCAACAGGAACGUCUGGCUGCUCUCAACCGUGCCAAUCGCAAAGCUAAUAGUGAAGACGUGCGUAAAGCACAAUUGGCCGAGAAGCGUAUUUUGCAAAAAGCCAGAGAAGAGGCUGCUGCAAAGGCACGCAGGGAAGCUGAGGCUGCAAAGGAGAAGCUACUCGCGGUACCUGAUGAUCUAUUCGGCGACGCCAGCGACAUCAGCAGAACAGGCACACCUGCAAAUGGCACUGGCACCAGCACGCCCAUCAACGACAAGCUGAAGAAGACGACAUUGGGAGGUUUCAAGAAGAAGCCCAAGGACGAAGAUAUCAUCGCCGACAUGGACCUGGGCAUUGAUAUCGACAUCUGA